CACGGUGAUAUCUGUCUUUUUCUCAACUUCGUUAUCCUUUCUCGCACAGAAGAAGAAGAAGAAUACUGAAUUCAGACUGGAGAUGGAGGAGAGAUCGACGGGAGCAAUCACGCCGGCGGCGAAUGAAGAACCGAAGCCGUUAAUCGUCAUUCCGCCAGGGGAAGCCGAUGGCACCGAUUCACCUGUCUCCGUGCAGGCUGAGACCGAUAAAGAUUUAUUGUGUCCAAUAUGCAUGCAAAUCAUCAAAGACGCUUUCCUCACAGCUUGUGGCCAUAGCUUUUGCUUCACCUGCAUCACCACGCAUCUUAACAAUAAGAACGACUGCCCUACCUGUGGACAUCACCUUACUAAUGCACAGCUCUUUCCUAAUUUUCUCCUUAACAAGCUGUUGAAAAAGAUCUCUUCUCGGCAAGUAUCUAAAAGUGCAAGGCUAGUAGACCAUUUUCAUCAGACACUGCAGCAGGGAUUUGAAGUGUCGGUAAAGGAGCUAGACAUUAUGUUGAAACUACUUGCGGAGAAAAGGCGAAAAAUGGCGCAAGAAGAAGCCAAGAGAACUACACAUGUCUUAAUGGACUUCUUGCAGUGUCUGAGGAAAAAGAAAGUUGCUCUGCUGAAUGAGAUACAGACAGAUCUCCAGUGUAUUAAAGAGGACAUAAAUUCAGUGGAGAGACAUAGAAUUGAGUUGUACAGGGCAAGGGACAGGUACACAGCACAGCGGAGGGUUGCUGAUGACCCUGCGAUUACAAAAUUUGGGUCAGCUUCCAUUAAUAGGAACACGGGCGUUCCUACGUCUAGUUCUCGUAAAGCACGAACAGGGACCGCCACAGGAGAUUUUCAAUACAUGAAAGAAGAUGUACAAGUUCAAGUAAGCCCUCUCUCUCCAGAGGGGAAGGAAAUUCCUGGUGGAUUGGAAUCAGAACAUAUGAAUCAGACAAGUUUGUCUGCUAUGAAGACAAAGCGUGUUCAUGCACAGUUCAAUGACCUAAAAGAGUGCUACCUGCAAAAACGACGACAAUUAACAAACCUUCCACCUAAGCAGGAAGAUACUGAUAAAAGCAUCGUAUGUAGAGAAGGAUAUAAUGCUGGACUGGCUGAUUUCCAGUCUGUGCUUAGGACUUUCACACAGUAUAGUCAACUGAAGGUCAUUGCUGAACUUCAGUAUGCAGAUCUCGUUUACCAUUCAACCAAUAUUAUUUCUAGCAUAGAGUUUGAUCUUGAUGAUGAGUUGUUUGCAAUUGCUGGAGUAUCCAAGUGUAUAAAAGUCUUUGACUAUUCAUCCGUUAUAAAUGAGCCUGCUGCUGUUCAUCGCCCAGUAGAGGAGAUGUCAACCAGAUCUAAGCUUAGUUGCUUGAGUUGGAAUAAGUUCACCAAGAAUAUUAUUGCUAGCAGUGACUAUGAAGGAAUUGUAACAGUUUGGGAUGUUACCCGAAGGCAGAGUGUGAUGGAGUAUGAAGAACAUGAGCAUCGAGUAUGGAGUGUUGACUUUUCACUCACGGAACCCACCAUGCUUGUGUCUGGCAGUGACGAUUGCAAGGUGAAGAUAUGGUGCAUGCAGCAAGAAACUAGUGUAAUAAACAUUGACAUGAAAGCAAAUAUUUGUUGUGUCAAGUACAAUCCCGCAUCCAGCUUUCAUGUUGCGGUUGGUUCUGCAGACCAUCUUAUCCACUACUAUGAUUUGAGAAAGACCACGCACCCACUUCUCGUAUUUAGUGGACAUAACAAAACAGUGUCAUACGUUAAAUUCCUGUCAAGUGAACAGCUUGCUUCGGCAUCUACUGACAGUACAUUACGAUUAUGGGAUGUCAAAGCAAAUAUGCCAGUUCAUACAACAUUUAAAGGCCAUAAAAACGAGAAAAAUUUUGUGGGUUUAUCUGCGAACAACGAAUUCCUAGCUUGUGGAAGCGAAUCAAAUGAGGUGUUUGUGUACCACAAAGAAAUUUCAAGCCCAGUGACACGGUAUAGUUUUGGAUCCUCUACUGGGGAAGGAAGUGAUGAAGACACUGCGACGAUGAGUUCAUACUUCAUUAGUGCGGUUUGCUGGAAGGGCAAUAGUUCGACUUUGUUAGCUGCGAAUAGUCAAGGGAUGAUUAAAAUGCUAGUACUUGCAGCCUGAGGUUGGUGAAGUUAUUGGAAAUGUGAAAAUAAAGAUCUCUAUUCUAGGGAGUAUAGUGAGUUAGUUAGUUAGUUGAUUCUCAUGACCUAAUACAAUGUUUGUAACCUUAAUCGGGCGUUUUAAACCAACUCGGCCCAACUUUAUAUAUCAUAAUGUCUUAUAUUAGAAAUAAGUAGUUUACUACCUA